UCCGAAACACCCACUUUUUGUCUCAGGUCGUUGAUCCCAUUGGAAAAGAAAAGAAAAAAAAGAACGUCGCAACACAAAGCCCUACAGGGUUCAUCGGCAGCGAGAUCUAUCUUACAAGUGCUACCGCCGCCGCCGUCAUUGCUUCGAGGUUAUUUACGAUUACGCGCUUCGGGCCUUCUGUCCCUAAACAACAAUGAAUCUCCACCGCUUAACUACCCACAACCUGCCGUCAAUCCAGAUCCACGACCAGAAUUUCGCCCGCUCACCCAGCGACCACCAUCACCACUCGUCUACACUCUCCCAAAGGUCGAUGCCUCGCGAGAUUCCGAUCCCAAGACUUGGUGCCUCCCCGACGUCCAGCCGAUGUGGUUCCUUCCACGGAUCCUAUGCGUCCACGACCGUCGUCCCGCCUAUACUACCUCUAGAUGCGCCGGGACUGCCGCCGCCGCCGUCACGCCACCGCGACCUUCGGCAGUCGAGUAGCAUUGGUUCGGCUGGUGGAGAUGAUAGUGACGGUGAAGAGCUGGGACGAAGAGCUGUGUUCGGUUCACGAGAGGCGCAAGAAUGGAAACUGUCGCCAAUAUGCAAUAGUUUUAAGGAUGGGCUAAGCCUGCCCGGAAGCCAUGAUGGUGCCAGCUUGAGGUCGGAGGGUUCCCACGAGAGGAACUGGAGAGAAAACUUCUACAACAACAAGGGAAGAGUUAAGGAAUUGAGUGACGAGUCCCUCCGAGCGACGAUGCGAGUGGCAGUACAGGCAUACGACCAAACAGUUCUGGGAAAGCUUAACGCGCGCACCUCGGAACCGUCUUCAUUUACCCAACACAAGCUCACUCCACCCCAAGAAAUUCGGGCUUUUGCCGCCGCCCAAGAAGUUGGGUCGCUGCCGCGACUAACAGCUCCUUGGACAUCGGGUAACCGACACCUACCGGCUUCGGCAGGGGUCUCGCCCCGGACGUCCGAUUCUCCGCUCGAUCCGUGGGGCAAGGCUUCGGGAAGCGAUUCCAUACACCUGGGGGUGAAACGGGAGACAUUCACCCCUCCCAUUUUCUCGUCUUCGUUAUCGGAGUUUCGGAAAAACGAGGAAUGUGCUGCAAGCCUUCCGUCACGUACAGCGGAUGGCGGUAUGUCGCCAAGUCUGGACAAUCGGGUGCGAAGAUCCGCCAGCGCGUCAAAUCUCGGACCGGGCUAUGAUUCGCUGGACGAAGACAUGCAGAUGGAGGACGCUCCGUCGUCCCAUGUGUCCCAGAUGAACCGCUUAACCUUGCGCGAUGCUAGGACGCCACCGCAUCAGCACGAACGUGUAGGAUUCAAGCGACGGGCUUCUUCGCCGCCGCGCGAACGCGAUCAUCGCUCAAAGCCACCCGGCACUUCCGAGCCUACGAAGCAAGGGCUGAUGCUGGAAGGCGUCUGUCCGGACAUGUACGGCCACAGCCGGAGAACACCCCCCAUACACCACAGAGCGUCUCCCGGGGUACAUCAGAAGUAUUACAAUCUGGCACUCCCGAGAUCGGCCUCCAGUUCCCUCGCGUCGGUGUCGACAAACUCGGCCACUACGAUGUGGUCCACGUCGAUGGGUCAGUUUUCGCCGGCCACCAGCAGUCUAUCCACACAAACGGACUGGUCACCAGUGGCGUCGUACAACCCGAGCAUGGAAGCGGACGGAAUGAAAGAUGGAUUCUAUCGACAGUUCCCCCCAUCCAGCCUAGGCAGACCCGGUGGAGAGCGGGGACGACUCCCGGAAAUCUCGUCUCUCGGUAGAGACAAGGAUCUGGCGGCAAUGAAACACAAUCCGGCGCCCAAGAUGACGGGGAUCUUUAUCUGCGAAUGCUGCCCAAAGAAGCCCAAGAAGUUCGACAACCGAAGCGACUUGCAAUUGCACGAGCUGGAAAAGCAAUACAGCUGCCUGUACUGCAACAACCGCUUCAAAAACAAGAACGAGGCCGAGCGACACCAGAACUCGCUUCACCUGCGGAAACACUCCUGGUCGUGUGCAUCAUUGGCGGGGAACUACGAGGCGGCUUUUCACCAAUCAACACACCGCCCCAAUUUUGCAGACGUAUGCGGCUACUGCGGAAAAGAAUUCCCGAUGCCGGCCCAAUGGGCUCUCCGCAUCGAACAUCUCACCCAAGAACACAAGUUUGGCGAAUGCAACCAAUCCAAAAAGUUUUAUCGUGCCGACCACUUCAGGCAGCAUCUCAAGCACAGCCACAGUGGCACGAGUGGCAAGUGGACUAACGUUCUUGAGAACGCAUGCAUGCGAGACGAGAUACCUCCGCAGCCCAUCAACCGGGGAAGCACCAGCAGUAUCGGCUGCGACAUUGGGACCCCCUCCGGCGAAGGUUCCGACUAGUUCAACUCCUACCCGUUUUCCGUCACGGCCACCUUGUACAGCUUUAUCUCGGUCUCCUCAUAUGCGUUUUUUUCUUCUUUUUUUUUCUUCUUAAUUCUUCAUUAUCUGCCAG